CACAAGCCUGUCCUCACCUCUGAGCGGCUGAGGCACCAUGGUGGGGUCGCUCCUCCCACCACUGCUAAUUCUGCUGCUGUCCUUAGCCCAGCCAAUUGCUGGACAAGGUCAGGGUGAUAAGAGUGGGGACAGGAUCAUUGAUGGCUACCCGUGUGAGAAGGGCUCCCACCCAUGGCAGGUGGCCCUGCUCAGUGGCAGCCAGCUCCACUGUGGAGGUGUGCUGGUCAGUGAGCGCUGGGUACUCACAGCCGCCCACUGCAAGAUGGGCAAGUACAACGUGCAGGUGGGCAGUGAUAAGUUAGGUGAUAAGAACGCUCAGAUCGUCAAGGCCACGAAGUCCUUCCGCCACCCCGGCUACUCCACGAAGACCCAUGUCAAUGACAUCAUGCUUGUGAAAAUGGAUCACCCGGUCAAGCUGUCGUCAAAAGUGCAGAAAGUCAAGCUGCCCUCCCACUGUGAGCCCCCAGGGACCUCAUGUACCGUCUCUGGAUGGGGAACCACGACAAGCCCAGAUGUGACCUUUCCCACGGAUCUCAUGUGCUCUGAUGUGAAGCUCAUUUCCUCCAAGGACUGCAAGAAGGUUUACAAAGACCUGCUGGGGAAAACCAUGCUGUGUGCUGGCAUUCCCGACUCCAAGACCAACACAUGCAAUGGUGACUCCGGCGGACCGUUGGUGUGCAAUGAUACCCUACAAGGUCUAGUGUCCUGGGGCACUUACCCUUGUGGCCAGCCCAAUGACCCAGGAGUCUACACCCAAGUGUGCAAGUAUAUCAACUGGGUAAACCAUACCAUGAAGAUGAAUUAAUAACAUGCUACCGAGAGUCA